AUGAAGUUCGCUGCCAUUGUUGCCUCGCUACUCGCCACCAGCGCUGCUGCGUUUGACAAGUAUCAACCAUGGGGUAAACGCGAUUACGCCUGCGUCAAUGUGUACCAAGGCAUCCCAGACAACUCGACUGUGGCCGCCGGCCAAACCGUCCACCUCCGCUUCAACCGCGCCCCGACGACGCACUGCUCGGACCCACUCAUCAAGUACCCCGGCGACAACUACACUGUUUUCCUUUACAACAACCCUGUGCGUAAUCUGGACACCAUCCACUUCGACCAGCAGAUCAAGAUCGCCGGCAACAUCCCCGAGUCGGCCGGUGCGGUGGAUGUGAAGAUCCCAAAGAACUUGCCCAAGGUGAAGGAUGGCUCUGUCUGGUAUCUGAGGCUGGGCACCUCGCUUUCCACGGCGCCGCAGAUGCCUACCCUGUACAAUGCCGCCGGGCCGUUUACGAUUACCUCCUAG